AUGUCCUCUUCAUCACAACAUGAAAACCCACAAGUAUACACAAAUUUGUUUGGCGAAACAACGACGCUAACGUUUCCCCAAGGCUCUUCGUCGUCGUCUUCGGCACCUCGUGUUCCCUCACCUUCACAAAAUCAAAAGUUUAAAGAUUUGCUAGUGUUUGAAGAACGAUUGAAGCAGAAUUUUCAUAAAUUGAGUAAGCGGCAACAGAAAUAUGAAGCAAUUUUGGGAUUUAAUUGCUGUGUAAUUAUGUUGUGUGGCUAUUUUGUUUGCUUUAGUAAACUUGAGAAUGAACCAUUAUAUUUCCUGUGUAAGACAUUUUUUUUAGCUUCCAUAGUCUAUACUUCAGUAUUUUUCUUAAGCGGACAAUACACCGAAAAAAUUUCAGUUGGACAAAAAUAUGUACCGCAAUGUAAUCGUGCUCUACGUGCUUUCAACAUCCACUUCAAUCGAGAUAACAAAGGUGAACUCACAUUCUAUCGUAAGGUUCCUAAAAAAUUUCAGGAAGGAUUCGAAAA